GCGCAGGCCAGGGACUCAGACUUCACUUCCGGGCCGCAGCCGGAGGCGGCUGAACACGUUGUCAUAGCGACCAUUUUGCUGGUUUGUAGUUUUCAAACCCAGCCUGGCCACUGCCGGGGCCGCUCUCGCGUUCGUAGUCGGCUCCCUGCGGCCGAGGGAGCUCGGCAGUCCCGGGAGUCUGGCCUAGGCAUCCUUGUCGCCCGGUGCGGGCGGGAUGGCUGCGGAAGAAGAGGACGAGGUGGAGUGGGUGGUGGAGAGCAUCGCGGGAUUCCUGCAGAGCCCCGACUGGUCCAUCCCCAUCUUGGACUUCGUGGAGCAGAAAUGCGAAGUUUUCGAUGAUGAGGAAGAAAGCAAGUUGACCUAUACAGAGAUUCAUCAAGAAUACAAAGAACUAGUUGAAAAGCUGUUGGAAAGUUACCUUAAAGAAAUUGGAAUUAAUGAAGAUCAGUUUCAAGAAGCAUGCACCUCUCCUCUUGCUAAGACACACACGUCACAGGCCAUUUUGCAGCCCGUGUUGGCAGCAGAAGAUUUUACUCUCUUUAAAUCAAUGAUGGUCCAGAAAAACAUUGAAAUGCAGCUUCAAGCCAUUCGAAUAAUUCAAGAGAGAAAUGGUGUAUUACCUGACUGUUUAACUGAUGGUGCUGAUGUGGUGAGUGACCUUGAACAGGAAGAGAUGAAAAUCUUACGGGAAGUUCUUAGAAAAUCAAAAGAGGAAUAUGACCAGGAAGAAGAAAGGAAGCGACAAAAGCAGACAUCUGAGGCUAAAAUGGAAGACGUGCCAGUGUGCAGCAGUGAAGCUGCGAAGAUGAGUAAUUCCCAAGGGGAUGGUGAACCUUUUGUCCAGCCGCCUACAGAAGUUAAGGUGCAUUUUGCUAAUGAGUCAGUACAACUCUUGGCAAGAAAGAUGGAACUGUUGCCUGAAACGUCUUCCCUCCCACAAAAAGGUCCGAAGAUUCCUGGUUUAGAACACGCAAGCAUUGAAGGACCGAUAGCGAAUUUGUCAACACUUGGAACAGAAGAGCUACGGCAACGAGAACACUAUCUGAAGCAGAAGAGAGACAAAUUGAUGUCCAUGAGAAAGGACCUAAGGGCUAAGCAGAUCCCAAAUACAGAGCAAAAAGGAAAACCUACCAGGGAGGUGGAGGAAAUGACAGAAAAAGCAGAAAUGACAGCGGAGGAGAAGCAAACAUUACUAAAGAGGCGACUGCUUGCAGAGAAACUUAAAGAAGAAGUUAUUAAUAAGUAACAAAAAUUAGCAAAACAGAAGUCUCCAUUUUCUUAAAAAUAAAUUAUUCAAUCCUUAAACCAA